AAUUGCACUCUCCCACCGAUUGCAACCUCUCCAACCAAUUGCAGCAAAACUCUUCAACCAAUCCCAAACCCUCUUACUAAUCAUGAGCGCGUUAUCGAAAACCACCCUCAUGAAGGAUGCUCUCGUAUCAUCCGAGAUCUUCAGCUCACUGACUGUCGACCAUUCGCUUCUGAAAACGCUUGUGCCGCUCGAUUACCCUUCCAGGCGUCGUGCCAGCAACAGUCAAGCUAAGACCAAGCCUGACGAACUCUGGCUACCGACGGAAAUGAAGUUUGAGAUCAUACGCCACCUCGACAUAAAGUCUCUCCUGGCCUUUCGCGCUCUUGGCACUGCGGCUAGGGAGCUGGUAGACUCAUUACCCGAGUGGAAAAAGAUUAUGCAACGCACCCAAACUUCCAACGCCAUUCGUCUGGCUGUGAUCCUGGGAUCGGCUGAACGCAUCACCCUCCCUCAACUGUUCGCGAAGAUAUGCCAGACGACCUGCGACACUUGCGGCAAACUGGCACCCUACCUGGAUGUCUACAAUCUCGCUCGCCACUGCUUCGACCUCGGGGGUGAGUGCAAAUAUGAGCCUACGCCAUCGUCAAUCGAACAGAAGCGGCUUCUGCGCAAUAAGGCCUGGCUUAAGGAAGGUGAAUUUGGCUGUCUUGUCAUGCCGUUUCUCCAUCGCAAAUCGAUGAAAGCAGACUUUCUGAUUAUAUGUUUUUGUUGCACCUACAAAGGCGAGCUCUGCUGCGGAAAGACUCGUACGCUCUGCGCACAACGUAUGACGAUGUUUCCGGAGCGGGCUGUUUUCCUCGAUGCCAUUUACACCACGACCUCGAUCCGGCAUCAUUACGAUGAGGUCCACGGAGGUAAGCGUGAAGGUCCUGGUAUCACGCUUGCCUUCGAGGUCAGUCCGUGGUAGCUGCUCAGGACUCCGAGAGAUCGGUAUUCGACGACGAUGUGAAUGGCACAAAUGGGCAUAACGACUGGAUUCGUUGCAUCAGGAUGAUUGAGUGGCGAAGACGAGAUGAGAUGUAACAAACUGAUACCCACGAGAUGAUAGCGAAACGUAGGAAUAAUAGCGAUAGACUGGCUCGGACCGGAGCGUGGCUAGUCUGACUGGGGACUGCAGUCU